UGGGAGUGGGGUAGGGGUAGGGGAUUAUUUUUUUUUUAGUUAUCCCAUUUGCACCUGCUUUGCAGCUCAGUUAUUUUUAUGUUGCUUUCUGACACCGAGUGAAAGAGAUGCAUUGAUAAAAAAUGAGCAUGUGACCUCUCCUUUCUUCCCUGCUUCCAGCUUUUAACCUAACGGGUUGUGUUUAUUUUAUUCUGCAUGCUUACCAGUGGAUCGUAAAGGUGGGAAUGCUCAUAUGAUUUCCUCUUCUUCAGUUAGUAGCCGAACCUUUCAUGCUAGUGACAUGUUAGGGCCUAUGUGUAAACAUAAGAAGCCCCUGUCAGCAGCGAAAGCCUGCAUUUCCGAGAUCCUCCCUUCCAAAUUCAAACCCAGACUGUCAGCUCCAAGUGCUCUCUUGCAGGAAAAGAAGAGUAUCCUGUUGCCCCCAGAGAAGGCUCAAAGCUACGAAAACCUCUGUAGCUCUCCCACUUUAGAUGAUCCCAAAAGAACGCUCCCCUUGCAAGGAGGAGGCAGCAUUGAAAACCUUCUCAUGCGGGUGAAGCGGGAGUACGGCACCAAGUCCGGCAGCACCCAGAGCCUGCAGGACUACGGGGCCACUUCCAGGAAGUAUUGCCCCCUCUCCAGGAAGGGGGGCAGCGAAUUCACAAUGCUUUACAAAAACAUGCACCACAUCAACCGAACCGGGCUCCACCUGGGCUCCAUCUCCUCCUCCAGUGUCCGGGACCUGGCUUCCCACUUUGAAUCCAGCAACUUGGUGGAGGCCCGGGGAGAGCUGAACCUCAGCCAGGAGAGUUCGGAGCACAUCCCGAAACACACGGUCUCCUCGCGGGUCACGGCCUUUGAGCAGCUGAUCCAGCGGUCCCGUUCCAUGCCAUCCCUGGACUUGUCGGGCCGCCUGAGCAAGUCUCCUGUGCCGUUACUGCCCCACGGCGGUCUGAGCGCGGCACGCUCCGCCGAAUCCCUCCUGGAGUCUCCCAAGCUCCACCACCGGGGGAAGGAGGUCCCAGAUCGCCCCCCGGUAGCCUUUGGCUCAUCCUCCUGUGGCCACGUGGCAGAGCCGGCUUUCAGUCUGAGAGCCCUUCUCCCCGCCGACCCCCCCUCAGCCUGCCUGGAUGAGCUGGACCGGCUUUCCACCGUGUCCAGCGACAGUCGGGAGGGGAGCGCCAGCAGCGUCCACAGCGACUCCCAGAAGCAUCGACACAACAAGUGCAAGGGCAGCUGCCCAGCCUCCUACACCCGCUUCACCACCAUCCGGAAGCACGAGCAGCAGCAGGCUUCCAGGAGCCCUGGCUGGAGAGUGGACGUGGGAGCCGAUAAGAACGCUGUCCUUAGGAACAUCUACCUCAUGGGCCCCCUGCCUUUCAGGUUGAAAAAGCCCCUCCAGUACCAUUCCCGAAAGCCUCCACCCAGGGACACUUCAAGCCCAGUAAUGGGACAGAGAGCAGCAUCCCAAACUCAGCCCCCUGGGAACGAACUCAGUCCCGAGGGGGAAGGGAAGCCCUUCGUCCCCAAGCGCCAGUCGUCGCUCCGGGUCCUGGAGAGACUGGGCCAGGUCUCAGAACCCUCUCCAAAAAAAGACUAUCUGGGCACACUUAAAGCCAGCAGCUUGGGCCCGUGUUUAGGUCCCGGCCUGGAUAGAAACAACAACCCGCAAAAUGACCUUGGAACACCCCCCCGAGGUGGCUUUUCUGUGUCCUUUGCCGGUGUGACCUCAUCCGUCUUUCCCACCUUGCUUGCCAUGUCCCCCUCCUUCCUUGUUCCUUGAUGCUUGUCUCCUAGUUUGUCAGUACCUCUGUGUGUUGCUUGGCAUUUAAUCAUGGCUAAUAGCGGCUGCCCCUUCUGAACCAAAAAUUAGAUAAGAAGAAGAAAAUGCAUCUAUUGUCCAUAGAAUGAUCACCAAACCUUCCAUUGAAAGAAAAAUUGGCCACUUAGAUUAUACAAACACCAUUAACAGGGGAAUUCUGGAGAUUCCUGUUAUUUGCUUCUGUCUAAAACCACUUGAAUGAGGAGCAGCCUCUCAUGUUGGCCCAUGUGUGUGAAUGUAUACUUUGUCCCAGUAAGACCAUAAUGGUCUUAGUGGGGAUGCUCGUGAAAGGAGAUGCUCUGUUUUUAAUCUCCUUUCUUAAUUCACUGGUUUCCUCUAUUAUCAAAUAACUCCACAAGUGGAUCCCAAAAGGGGUGGGAGGGAGAAACGGAGGGAAGGAGGGAAGAACUAAUAUUCAAUCAAUUUAAUAUUUGAUCUUUUCCAUAUUUUGAUAUUCAAUCAGUUGGCUAUUCAUGAAAAUGUCUUAAAAUUUCUAUAGUGGGAGAGUGUGUGGAUUGCCAGAAAUGUUUGUCCCUGCUUGGGUUUCUGGGAAAUAGUCCAUGUGGAUUGCCGGAAAUGUUUGCCCCUGCCUGUGUUUUGGAAAACAGUCUCUAUGUGUUUUAACUCUGUCCGCUAUGUUGUU